AUUGUCCGAGCCCUGGAGCAUCUCCACAGUAAACUGUCAGUGAUUCACAGAGAUGUGAAGCCAUCCAACGUCUUGAUCAACAAACAGGGACAUGUGAAAAUGUGUGAUUUUGGAAUCAGCGGGUACUUGGUCGAUUCGGUGGCUAAAACGUUGGAUGCUGGAUGCAAACCUUACAUGGCUCCAGAAAGAAUUAAUCCGGAGCUAAACCAGAAGGGGUAUAAUGUCAAAUCAGACGUUUGGAGUCUUGGGAUCACUUUGAUCGAGAUGGCCAUUCUCCGUUUCCCCUACGACUCCUGGGGGACCCCCUUCCAGCAGCUUAAGCAGGUGGUGGAAGAGCCGUCCCCCCAGCUCCCAGCCGAUCGCUUCUCCAAAGACUUUGUCGACUUCACCGCCCAGUGUCUGACGAAGAAUCCCGCUGAACGAAUGAGCUACUUAGAGAUGAUG